AUGGAGCUCGGAGGUGCUGCUCUGAGGGUGACCGGAGGGGGGGGCUGUUUCCUGCACCACAUGUGGCCGCAGAAGGCACACUGCUGGUCGGUGCUGGAGAGGUUCCCCAGGGAGUCGAGGCAGCAGGCGGGCACUGGUGGAUCAUCCCAGGUGUCUAGUCUCCACCACUCUGACUGUGUCAUCAAGAGAGAACACGAGAAAUGUAUGGAGAGGAUGGCAGAGGAUGACCCAGAAAACGACCUAGAGUUUAGGUGCCCAUGGUUGUGGGAUAACCUGACGUGUUGGCAGCCUGCCCGGGUGGGAGAGGUGGUUGUGGUCAGCUGUCCAGAGCUCUUCAUCCAGUUCAUGAGCGAGGAGGACGAUGAGCUAGGGAAGGUGAGUCGUAACUGUACGGAGGGCGGCUGGUCUGAGACCUUCCCUCACUAUGUGGAUGCCUGCAUGUUCGACGAACCCAACGGAACCCACGAGCAUCCGGACAUGUACUACGUGUCGGUGAAGGCUCUGUACACGGUGGGGUACAGCACCUCUCUGGUUUCUCUCUGUACAGCCAUGGUCAUCCUUUGCAGGUUCAGGAAGCUGCAUUGCACCAGGAACUUCAUCCACAUGAACCUGUUUGUGUCAUUCAUUCUGAGAGCCAUCUCUGUCUUCAUCAAGGACGGGGUUCUGUACGCAGAGGAGGACAGCAACCACUGCUUCUUACACACUGUGGAGUGUAAGGUGGUGAUGGUGUUCUUCCACUACUGUGUCCUAUCUAACUACUUCUGGCUGUUCAUUGAGGGCCUGUACCUCUUCACUCUGCUAGUAGAGACAUUCUUCCCUGAGAGAAGAUACUUCUACUGGUAUACCAUCAUUGGCUGGGGGACCCCCACUAUAUGUGUGGUGAUAUGGGCAGUACUCAGGCUGCACUUUGAUGACAUAGGGUGUUGGGAUAUGAAUGAUAAUGCUGGUAUCUGGUGGGUGAUUAAGGGACCUGUGCUGGCCUCUAUCAUGAUCAACUUUGUCCUCUUCAUCGGCAUCAUAAUCAUCCUGGUCCAGAAACUGCAGUCUCCAGACAUCGGUGGGAACGAAUCCAGUAUUUACCUGUAA